AUGGAUAUAUUUAGAAUUUUGUCAAGGGGAGCAUCCCUUAAGAAAAGUAAAGAUAUUACAACUGAUUAUGCUGUGCCAUCGAGGAAACAAUUUGUCAAUGAAAAGCAAAAAGAAGAGAAUUUGAAAAGCGUGGUUGAUAAAGAAGUUGAUUUUUUUCAUACUAAGAAGCACACCAGUCAUAAGGAGACCGAAAAGAAGAACGACGAGGGUGAGGAUGAAAUAGAAGAUGAGGUACCACCUUUGACUAUUUCCAGCGAUGACGAUGCCCGUAAAUUGCGUAAGCUAAAUAAAUCCAAAGUCAGUGGAGAAGAUAUUCCGUUACCUAUAGGGUCAUUUGAAGAUUUAAUUGGAAGGUACAAAUUGGACAAGAAGUUGUUGUCAAAUCUAAUAGAUGCAGGGUUUACAGAACCAACGCCAAUUCAAGAUGAAGCUAUUCCAAUAUCAUUGGAAGGCAGAGAUUUAAUAGCAUGUGCUCCUACUGGAUCAGGUAAAACAUUAGCAUUUUUAAUUCCUUUAGUGCAGACUAUUUUGCAAUCUAACCCUAAUGUUAAGAACUAUGGUAUUAGAGGGUUAAUUAUAUCGCCCACUAAUGAAUUGGCGGUACAAAUAUUUCAAGAACUUAACACGAUGACAAAGGGUAAGAAGAUGAAAAUUGGUAUAUUAUCAAAGCAACUAGCUAACAAAAUUAAUAAUAAAAUUAUAAACUCCAGCAAGUACGAUAUAUUAGUUUCCACUCCAUUGAGAUUAAUUGAUAGUAUCAAAAACGAAACAAUUAGUUUGUCAAAGGUUGAGCAAUUAGUCAUUGAUGAAACGGAUAAGUUAUUCGACCAAGGCUUCGUAGAACAGACUGAUGAAAUCUUAUCUAAUUGUACUAAUACGAAAUUAAGAAAAUCGAUGUUUUCUGCAACUAUACCUUCCGGUGUUGAAGAAAUGGCCCAAUCAAUAAUGAAAGAUCCUAUCAGAGUAAUUAUUGGACAUAAAGAAGCCGCCAGUAAUACAAUUGAACAAAAAUUGGUGUUUACUGGUAACGAAGAGGGUAAGUUAUUAGCAAUAAGGCAAAUGAUACAACAAGGAGAAUUUAAACCACCAAUUAUUAUUUUCUUGCAAUCCAUCACUAGAGCUAAGGCAUUAUUUCAUGAAUUAUUGUAUGACAGGUUGAAUGUUGAUGUCAUUCAUGCCGAAAGAACCCCAAAACAAAGAGAUGAAGUUAUUAAAAGAUUCAAAAGCGGUGAUAUUUGGGUCUUAAUUACCACCGAUGUUAUUGCUAGAGGUGUUGAUUUUAAGGGUGUUAAUUUAGUAAUAAAUUAUGAUGUCCCACAAAGUGCACAGGCGUACGUUCAUAGAAUUGGUAGAACCGGUAGAGGUGGUAAAGCAGGUAAGGCUGUGACUUUCUUCACAAAAGAAGAUGACAAAGCUGUGAAACCUAUCAUCAAUGUCAUGAAGCAAUCUGGUUGCGAAAGUGGAUAUAGUGGAUGGUUGGAAGAUAUGCAUAAAUUGUCCAAGAACGAAAAGAAGGAUGUAAAGAAACACGAAAUUAAGAGAAAGCAGAUUAGUACAGUUCCAAAAAUUAUGAAACAAAAGAGAAAACAAAGGGAAGAAAUGAUUGAUGCUUCUAAGAGAAGAAAGCAGGAAUCCCAACUGAACACUGAAUAA